CUCAAUUUCAGUUCAAAUCGACGUUCUUCUUCAGGAAGACAAUUCACUGAAAUUCACAUAUACCUGAGAGUCGUCCGAGCUGAACUCAGAUUCAGAUAUUCGCCAUCUGGUCUGUGUAUAUAGAUAUAUAUAUACAUAUAUAUAGAGAGAGAGAGAGAGAGGAAGAGAGAGAGAGAGAGAUAGAGAGAGAGAGAAAAAAAGAGGGAGAGAGGUGGUGGUGAAUGGCAGCGAUGGCGAGGGCGAGGUCUGGCCUCGCAUACCCGGAGAGGUUCUAUGCGGCAGCGGCCUACGUAGGUUUCGACGGAUCUGACGACUCCGCUAAAGGCGUCAUCUCAAAGUUCUCAAAUGACGUCGCGCUACUUCUCUACGCCCUCUAUCAGCAGGCAACUGUUGGGCCUUGUAAGGUUCCUAAACCUAAAGCUUGGAGUCCAGUGGAGCAAAGCAAAUGGAACAGCUGGAAUGGUCUUGGGAACAUGGCUUCCACUGAGGCAAUGCGUCUGUUUGUGAAAAUAUUGGAGGAAGAAGAUCCAGGGUGGUACUCUAGGGCCUCAAAUUUUUCUGUGGAGCCUGUUGUAGAUGUUGAAAUGAAUCACAAUGAAAAAGCUGAGACCGUUGUAGGAAAUGGAAAUGCUUUGCCUGAGAUAAAAACUAUUUCUGCUGAAAAUGGUAAUUUAAUAGAGACUCAAGACAAAAAUGUUGUGUCAGAAGACUUUGGUGCAGUUAGUGUGUAUGAUCAAUGGGUUACACCUCCAAUAUCUGGUCGACGUCCAAGACCUCGAUAUGAGCAUGGUGCUGCUGUCAUUGAUGAUAGGAUGUAUAUCUUUGGUGGGAAUCACAAUGGGCGUUACCUUAGUGAUCUCCAGGCUUUGGACUUGAAAAGUUGGACAUGGUCCAGGGUUGAGGUUAAAUCAGCUGCUGAGGCUUCUUCUCCGACAGUGACUCCCUGUGCCGGACACUCCCUGAUACCAUGGGAGGGAAAUAAGCUUCUUUCGGUAGGUGGACAUACAAGAGAUCCUUCUGAAGCUCUGCAAGUGAAGGUGUUUGAUUUGCAAUUGUGUACUUGGUCAACUUUGAAGACAUAUGGAAAGCCACCGGUUUCUCGUGGAGGUCAUUCAGUCACCCUUGUAGGGACAAGCUUAGUAGUAUUUGGUGGGCAAGAUGCAAAAAGAUCACUCUUGAAUGACCUGCAUAUUCUGGACUUGGAAACCAUGACCUGGGAUGAAAUGAAUAUGCUGGGUCUGCCUCCUUCUCCAAGAGCUGAUCACGCUGCAGCAGUGCAUGCUGAGCGUUACCUUCUUAUUUUUGGUGGGGGCUCUCAUACUGCUUGCUUCAAUGAUCUGCAUGUCCUUGAUUUGCAAACGAUGGAGUGGUCAAGGCCUACUCAACAAGGUGAGAUACCAAGUGCAAGAGCUGGCCAUGCUGGUGCAACUGUUGGAGAGAAUUGGUUUAUUGUCGGGGGAGGCAACAAUAAAAGUGGAGUCUCUGAAAUGGUUGUCCUGAACAUGUCUGCACUGGUGUGGUCUGUUGUAACUUCUGUUCAAGGUCAUGUUCCUCUGGCCUGUGAGGGCUUGAGUCUGGCCCUAAGUUCCUAUAAUGGUGAAGAUGUUCUGGUCUCGUUUGGUGGAUAUAAUGGCCAGUAUAGCAAUGAGGUCAAUUUACUCAAACCAAGUCACAAAUCUACCUUGCAAUCAAAGAUGAUAGAGACUCCAGUUCCUGAUAGUGUUUCUGCUGUGCAUAAUGCUACAAAUCCAACCAGAGAUUUGGAGUCAGAACUUGGAACAGGACAAGAUGGAAAAAUUAGGGAAUUUGCUAUGGACAAUGUUGAUUCAGAGCCAAUGGUGAAUAAAGUUGAUGAAACAAGUGAACAUCUUAUAUCAACCCUGAAGGCGGAAAAGGAGGAGUUGGAAUCAUCUCUCAACAAAGAAAAAUUGCAGACUCUCCAGCUUAAGCAAGAUUUAACAGAUGCAGAGACUCGCAACAGAGACCUGUACAAAGAACUCCAAGCUGUACGCAGUCAACUUGCGGCUGAACAGUCCAGAUGCUUCAAACUUGAGGUUGAUGUGGCAGAGCUACGACAGAAGCUACAGACUAUGGAUACCUUAAAAAAGGAACUCGAACUCCUCCAGAGACAAAAGGCCGCUUCUGAGCAAGCUGCCUUAAGCUCAAAGCAUAGGCAGGGCUCUGGCGGUGUAUGGGGCUGGCUAGCCGGAACUCCUGGUCAAACAACUGAUGAUGAUGAUGCUUGAGAGAGAUACCGAGUACAACCCUGAUAUAGUGAUUGCCAGAUUACAGUUCAUUUUUUUUUCUCCUUAAUUAUUUUGUUUUUAUAGUUCUUUUAAGAAAUCGAACAAUAAGAAAAAAUAUAUAUAUAAAUCAGUACUUGUUUAGGACGACGGAUGGAGACAUAGUGAAUUUCUUCGUCAGACUAUGGAAAUUUAGUUGUGUAAUUACGAGUGCCUGUAACUCUGUAAGUGCUGCAUGAUUUUUUUGGCAAUAACUAAAUAGUGCCAAUGAAAAAUAUAGAUGAUUUUUAUCAUUUAUAGGAAAA